AUGGCAGAGAAGAAACUGUAUGAUGCUGCAACAAUUGGAGAUUUAGCAACACUUCAACAGCUACUCCAAGCAAAUCAACAUCUUCUGGAUGUAGUCUCAUUCCCAUGUCUCAAAAAUGUGUUGCACAUUGCAAUAAAGCAUGGAAAAGACAGCAUCGUGGAAGAGGUGCUGAAGAUCAACCCGGAGCUCGCUCUCGAGCUCGACUCCAAGAACACGUCGUCUCUCCACCUUGCAGCCGCAAGAGGAAACGUGGUGAUCGCAAAGAGAUUGCUAGCGAUAGCCCCGGAGAUGUGCUGGUGGCAAGACGGCCACGAUAUGAACCCUCUUCAUGUUGCGGCCAUGAAGGGGAAUGAGGCGGUGCUGGAGGAGAUGCUUCAGCUGGACACCAUUCCGGCCACAGCGAGGCUGCAUCGCGGACAGACUGUGUUGCACUUGUGCGUGAAACAUCGUCAGCUUGGGACAUUCACAAUUUUGGUGGAUAAGUUGGGAGACCUAGUGAAUGCACAGGAUGAUGAUGGAGAGACUUUGUUGCAUUUUGCUGUGAGGGCUAAUCAACUUGAGAUUGUAGAAUACUUGAAGGAAAAUAACAAACUAGAGAAGCUGACAAAGAAUUCCGCUGGCAAAACAGCACUGGAUAUCUUGAACGAAAGCGUUCGAGACCAAGGUACAUACACAAAAAUGAAAACAAUCCUCAAAAAAUAUUCUAAUCAGUCCAUAUUCCAAAACUUGCCGAGGUACACCGAGAUGACGAUGGUCGCGGCCAUCCUGAUAGCGACCAUGGCAUUCCAGGCAGCCAUCAGCCCCCCUGGCGGCGUACGGCAAGAGGACGGAUUCGAUGAAGAGAAAAGCCGAUAUUUCAAAGCCGGCUCUGCCGUCAUGGCUGUUAAACAUCCCAAAACAUACAAACAAUUCGUCAAUGCUAACAUUGUGUCGUUCGUUUCGUCUACCAUCGCAAUCUUGUUGCUCUCCACAGCCGGCUCGUCGGACCAGUGGAUUUUCGUGUCGAUCUCUACGUCUUUUGUGUGGCUAUCGAUGGCAUCUAUCGCAGCUACUUAUGGAGCUUCCUUGGUCAUGACGAAUCCUAAUAUGGUAUCAUUUCAAUAUGGCAACGUUAUUUUGAUAAUAGCCUUUAUAUUCGGUCCAGCAAUACAUGUAAUCUAUAUUUUCGGCUCUACGGAAAUCAGGAAAAGGGUCAAAAGACUUGUCAAGAAGGUCAGCCCAAACUGUGUCGCUGUGUAG